AGAUUUCAAUAAUGAGAACCCUAUAUUAUGUCUAAUUUAAGCGUAUCUCAUUAAUGCAUCCUAAUUGUCAUCAAUAAUGUACAGAGUCAAAUUUAUAAAGAUGGACUGCCAUCAUAGCAUUUAUUUUAUAUUAGUCAUGUAUCAAGAAUCAAAACGAGUAGGCAUUGAAUGUUUGCGGCUACUUGUUCUUUGGAUUUUGUAUCCCAUUUUCUAUUUCAAUCUAUCCAUUCUUCACUCAUGACUAUGGUUUUGCUGGUAUCAGUUGUUGGAUCAAAGAAGAUGUAAUUAAUUCUUAACAACCUUAGAUUACCAAUCCCGAGAGAAGCACUAUCAUUAGAUAUAUCAAUUUCUAUAUUCCAUUGAUUUUGAUCAUCCUCUAUAACUCAGGUGUAUACAUAUAUAUCAUAUGCAAAUUAUAUGGAAUAUCACAAUAAUAAACCAAAUUUAUCUAUAAAAUGGUAUCCUACCCAUUGAUAUUGAUAAUAUGUUGGAUAUUUACAGCAUUCAAUAGAACCUAUGAAGAGAUCGCAUAAUAAUAACAUAUAUGGUUGCUCUACCUCUCAAAGGCCCUAUCCGGAUUGAUGGGUUUUUUCAAUUACUUAGGUUAUGGAUUCACUCCUUAAGUAAGGGAUUCUUGUUCCCUUUAUUGCUGCUAAAAGAACACAAAGACCUUUUCAGUUGAGGUUGAAAUGAAGCAUGAACAAAAUAACGAAAAUAAUCAAAAUACUGAGGAAGUAGACUCAAGAAAUUCGGUAAACUCACAAAGAGACAGCGUCUAAGGAGAAUUAAGUUUUAUAGCUGAAUUGUAUUGA